AUGUACCUCACCAACCUGAUAUAUGAUGGUUAUGAUCUUGCUGCGUUUCCUGGCUUUUUAAUAAAGUGUGCCACCUCGGGCUCUCUUUCUAUGGAAGACUAUAACCGGGAUCCAACAGCAACAGCUGCUGGCCCCAGCCUGCUCUGGGUCUUCUACUGGGUAGCAGCUGCACACUCCUCGGACUGUGCAGCUGGAGUUGCUGGAAUCACAGGCUCAGGCAGUGGUUUUGGGGUGUCUGAGCUGAGCCUGCUGUGGAAAGUGCCCUUUGCCUCACCCAAAGGAGCUGACGAGCUGCUGGAAGAUGCCAUUGAGAGGUUCCUUUGUGAAGCAGUUUUCAGCUAUCAGGUGGCUCACACAUUAAGACAAGUGAAACAAGAGCAACAAUGUUCCCGGACAGAGAAACUGGCCAGUUUGGUUGAGGAGUUGGAGGCACAUGAGUGGCGCUGCAAACCAAUUGAAUGGCUACUGGGAUUCAUUCCUUCCUCUGGAUGA